CAAAUAAAAGAUUUCCUAACUCCUCCAAACAAGUUCAAUCAAUAAUCAAGAAAAUCUUCACCUUUCGUCAUCUUCCUCCAUUUUCUUAAGCUUCACUUUCUCUCUCCUUCAAUCCUCACCCUCCCACCACCGCCAUUGUUACAGCCCUCAAGAAAACUCCCUCAAAGAAUAUCCCAAAUCCCUAAUUUCCUUGAUUACUCAGUCUAUUUCUCUCAAAUCAGGGUUUCUUGCAUUACAAUGUCCCAAUUAAAGACAAUCAAUCACAUGGUGGAUGAUAUCCCAUCAACCCCAGGAAAAUUCAAGCCCGACAAAUCAUCAAUUUACUUCAACAAAUUUCGUUGGUACUCUUCUCUCUCUAAACUCACCCUUUGGUCUUUCCUCUUUCUCUCUCUUCUUCUCUUCCUCUUCUUAGCGUCUCCUCGCCUUGAUUCUUCUCAUCGCCAUGAUUCCACCUUCCAAACCUUCUCGAAAUCCUCCGCCACGUGGGGUGGUCACGAGUGGGAGCGCCGUGUUCGACAAUCCGCACGUGUGAAACACGGGGAACAUGGGAUCACCGUCCUUGUAACUGGCGCGGCUGGAUUUGUUGGUACCCACGUGUCAAUGGCUCUACGACGCCGAGGCGACGGCGUUUUGGGUCUUGACAAUUUCAAUAAUUAUUAUGACCCAUCUCUUAAACGAUCUCGCCAGAAGCUUCUAGAACGUUCUGAAAUCUUUGUUGUGGAAGGAGAUAUUAAUGAUCGAGGUCUUUUAACGAAAUUGUUUGAUGUUGUGGCUUUUACUCAUGUUAUACAUCUUGCUGCUCAAGCAGGUGUGAGGUAUGCAAUGGAAAACCCUAAAUCUUAUGUUAAUAGUAAUAUUGCUGGUCUUGUUAAUUUGUUGGAAGUAUGUAAAUCUGCAAAUCCUCAACCUGCUAUGAUCUGGGCAUCUAGUAGUUCUGUUUAUGGACUGAAUUCUGUUGUACCCUUUUCUGAAAAUGAUAGAACUGAUCAACCUGCUAGUUUAUAUGCUGCUACUAAGAAAGCUGGGGAAGAGAUUACUCAUACUUAUAAUCACAUUUACGGUUUAUCAAUUACCGGUUUGCGAUUCUUUACUGUUUAUGGACCGUGGGGUAGGCCUGAUAUGGCGUAUUUCUUUUUCACUAAAGAUAUGUUGAAAGGGAAGCAAAUUCAUGUGUUUGAGGGUCCUAAUCAUUCAACUGUUGCUAGGGAUUUUACCUACAUUGAUGAUAUUGUGAAGGGUUGUUUAGGGGCAUUAGAUACGGCCAAGAAGAGUACAGGGACAGGCGGAAAGAAAAAGGGGCCGGCACAAUUUAGGAUCUUUAACUUGGGGAAUACUUCGCCCGUUAGUGUUAAUGAGUUAGUGAGUAUCUUGGAGAAGUUGCUUAAGCUGAAAGCUCAUAAGAAGAUUUUGCCUCUGCCUAGGAAUGGGGAUGUUCCGUUUACCCACGCUAAUAUUACUUUGGCUCAGAAGGAGCUUCGAUAUAAGCCUACAACUGAUUUGCAAACAGGAUUGAAGAAGUUUGUAAGGUGGUAUUUGAGUUACUACACGGGUUCGAAGAAGAGGAGUGGUUCUGGUUGGUGAAACUCGGGAUUAGGAUGUUGAUGGAGACAUCAAAUUUAAAAAUUGUUUUCCUGGAUUUCUGCUGCUAUUGGGAUUCUUUGCCCAUGUUGUGUCCGCAGAAGUGUGCCUCAACCGGAAUGAUGGAAGAGUAGAGGUAUCGUCUUUGUUUUUUGUUAUCCACAUAUUGCUUUGUUCUUUUAGGAUUAGUUAUGAUUAAUAUAGUUACUAGUUAGCAAAUGUACAGCUUUCUGAUUUCAGGCUACAUCACUACAGUUUCAAUAACACCGUCCACGAUCAUUUUUGUUCUAGUAUUAUUUUGAAUUGUUAGAUAAAUCAUCUAUAUACUUCGUUUUGCUAGCAUGGCGAGUUUAUUGUUCUGUGUUUUGAUAUUGUACUUGUAUGAACUCAAUUUUAUGAAUUAUAUCGAGUAAAAUUAAUGAAUUGUUAGAUAAGUCAUUUAUACUUCUUUCUGCUUAUGUGCAUCAUCCGUUUGUGAUGAAUGAUGAUGGACUCUUAUCUUUUAUGUUAUUUUGCCCUGUCUUAUAGAGUGAGGAAGGUUUAGGAUACGUGGGUGAUGAGGACAUUACAUAAUCUAUUAGUAUCAAUUGGUAAUUGAGAAGAUUUCCUUUGUAUGGGAAGUCUUUUUGAACACGGUAAUGAUUGAAUUGUGAAAUUAAUACAAGGGUUAGGAUUUUAGGUAAACUUGUUUAUUUCAUGAACAUAGUUGGUAGAAUUGUUUAUGGUGAUAUUUUGAAUGUUUGAACUAACUCGUUUUAGUGAAACGAUAUAGAAUAAUUUUGUUCUGGCAGUUUUCGUACAUUGUUCAACAUGGAGACUUUGGCAAGUUCAUAAAUAAAUCAAUUCAAAUUAACACUUUGCUUGGAUAGAGUAUUAGGAUGGAAAGGAAAGGGAGAGAAGGAAAAGAGAGAAAGGAAGAGAAGGGAAAUGGAAAGAGAUAAUUUAUUUGUUGGUUCAGGAGGGAAAUGAAAGUAAGAGAAAGAAAAUGGGAAAAAUUAAAUUUUUAUACUUAAAUAUCAUGGAAGGGAAAUGACAUAAUUUUCAUCUAAAUUAAAAAGCAAAAUGGUAAGAUUAAUCAGUCAUUUUUGUUAUUUUGAUAGUCAAUAUACCCUUUUCUUUCCAAAUCUUUACAAAAGUGAAAAAAUUUGACUAUUAACAAAAAUAAAAAACUAAACCCCUUCAAAUCCCUUCCUUUCAAAUUCCUCCUACAAAAUAUCUAUCCAAACAAAGGAAAACACAUCUUCCAAAAUCCCUUCCUUUCCUUUCAUUCAAAAUCUCUCAAUCAAAACACAGUGCAAAUAUACAGUACAUCCUUGGGCAGCCUUGUUUAAGUUAUUAUGUCUUGAGCAGUUAGAAGUGUCUGGUUUGCAACAACAGCACUUUUGUCAGGUGCUUGUGUAGUUGCAUUUUUCAUCUACCUUUUAUGGGUACUUGUUUAUGUUAUGCACUUAUGCCGAAGCUAAGAAGGUUAAGGUAAAGUACUUGUUAAAAGAAUUUACAAGGUGAUGAUGAUUUUGAUUCUUGUAUGUCACUGAUAUUGUUAGGCAAGAUUAGAUCUUGUACCAUUAAUCAAUGAAGAUUGUCACUAUUUGCUCUUAGGGAGCAACAUUAAUAGAUGAACUAGCAUUUGCGGCUUUUUAGUCUUGCAUUUCUUAGUGUUUUAUCCUGUGGUAUUCAAUAAAGUUGGACCUCCAGUGAUCUGAGUUAGAGAGCAAACAUGACGACUUUCCAAUGAGAUUUGUGUGAUUAUGUUUCAGCAAUUGCUGCAGCCAUUUUAUGUUUUUGGAGCACUGCAAUUAGCAUAACUCUUCUGAUGCGUUUAACAGGUUCAAUGAGAUCAGCGAGAUCCUAAAUCUUUAAAAAUUAGGGCUCUAGCAUUAUUGUUGUUGUCGGUGUUGUUGUGUGAACAGAUUCAAUGAGAUCCCUUGCAGAAAAAGUUGCAUCCUGGGAUAUGCUGAAUAAUACUGAUUACCUGGCUGAAACUUGAAAUAGACAAACAACAGAUUGAUUCUCUGGCUGCUUUACUUUUACAGACAACAUCUUCUAAAUGAAGUAAUGGCUGCUGUUUUAGUUUGCAAUCCAUCCAUCCCUCUGUUUAUGUUUGAAUCAGAAGUAGUGUUGAAUAAUGAUCAGAACCAUUAAGCAAAAUCAAGGAUUGAUUUUUUUGACUAUCUGUUUGGUAUUCAUCAUUCAUGCAAUCCCUUGUGGUUCCUUUGUCUUUUAAUAUACUCCAUCCGUUCUUUUUUUGCUUUUUGUUUACUUAUUCACAGUUUUUAAAGUAUAUUUUAAGUCUUAAAAUCUCUAAAUAUUCAAAAUAAAAAAUUAUAAACAAUACAUAAUAAAAAAUAUACAUUAAGACGAAUCUAAUGAGAUUUCAUAUGGAUGUAUUUUAUUGUCAAAAUAAACUUGAUCAAAUUUUAUCUCCUUAGGAGUUGUUUGGAUUGAGAUUGAAUAUUUAAGGAAAUAAAAAAGUCAAACUAAUAUAACAAAGCUAAUUAGAGAUGCAAAUAAAGUUAUUGAAAUAAUUGUGACAGUGGUAGAAUAAGAGAAAAUAAAAGAAGAUAAAUAGAAAAGAGGUUGAUUUUCCCUAUUAGGAGGUAAAGAAUUCCCCCACCCUCACCUAGGGUAAAUUUGUAUCCAAAAUAAGGAAACUAAUUACUAUAUUCUCUAUUUUUUUUACCUUCUAAUAAAUUCUUUUACCUCUCUAACAAUCAAAACUCUUUAAUCAUUUAUUUAAUUAACUUUGUUUUUUUAGUUUGACUUUUAUUUACUCUGUAAAUAUUUGCUUUCAAUUUAAGCGACGUAUUAU